GGGCCGCGCCGCGCCCACAGCGCCGGGGCCGCCGAGCGCCGCCCGCGCCGCUCCGCGCUCACCGCGGCACCGCGGCGGGGGCAGCGCCCGCCCAGGCCCAUGCGGCGGCGCGGGGCCUGCGGGCUUGGGCUGGAGCAGUCUGCAGGAUGUGCCCCACCGCCAGCGCCACAGCUUCCAGGUCUCUUCCCUCCCUUCCAGCAAUGCUGAGUGACAGUAGCUCUGUGAAGCUGAAAAGAGAUCAUUCACCUCCUGUGCAAUGGUGUAAGGUGUCUGCACAUGAAGAUGAGAAGACCAAGCUGGUUUUUAAAAGAAUUCUUGCACUGUUUGUGGUUGGAGGGUGCUUCCUUUAUAUCCUCAAAUUACAUUUUGGCCCUGAGGAAUGUGACAGAACACAAAUGCCAUAUGUGGACCUCGAUCGUGUAAGGAGGGCACAGCAAUUUGCCAGCGCCGUGCUGCAGGAGCAGUGCCGACCUUCUUACGCCAAGAAAGAGAUGGGGAAAUUGUUUGCAGAGAAAUACAGCAUGGACAUAGCUCCCUUUGUAAGGAAAAAUAUAAAUGAAGAUGAAGGUUUAUUUAAAUAUGAACCUCCAUUUGGAUUUCACAAGUUCUUUGAUAAACUAAAAGAUCUCCUUGAACUCUUACCUGAGCACGAUCUACCAGAAGAUUUGAAGUCAAAGCACUGCAAGCGUUGUGUUGUUGUUGGCAGUGGUGGAAUUCUUCAUGGAUCAGGGCUGGGUCACUUACUGAAUCAGUUUGAUAUUGUUAUAAGGUUAAAUGAUGCACCAGUUCAAGGCUACACGGAUCAUGUUGGUAACAAAACAACAAUACGGAUGACUUACCCCGAAGGAGCCCCCCUUUCUGAACACGAGUAUCCUCCUGCAAGCUUGUUUGUGGCUGUGCUGUUUAAAAGAGUUGAUUUCAACUGGCUUCAAGCCAUGGUAAAAAAUGAAACCUUGCCUCUGUGGGUGCGACUCUUCUUUUGGAAGGAGGUUGCUGAGAAAAUUCCUUUCACAUCAAAGCAGUUUCGGAUCCUGAAUCCAGUCAUUGUCAAAGAGACAGCUUUGGACAUUUUACAGUUCCCUGAGCCUCGAUCAAAAUUCUGGGGUUGGGAUAAGAAUGUACCUACAAUUGGGGUCACAGCAGUUGUUCUGGCCACACAUUUAUGUGAUGAAGUGAGCUUAGCAGGUUUUGGAUAUGACCUGGAUCAGCCCAGCACACCUUUGCACUAUUACAACAACCUCUGCAUGGCUGCCAUGAAAGAACAAACUAUGCACAAUGUGACAAGUGAAACAAAAUUCCUGCAAAAACUGAUCAAAGAAAAAGUGGUCAAAGACCUCACUGGAGGGAUACACUGUGAGUUCUGCAGCAAAGACAGCUAGUGACUGACUUGCAGCAUGAAUGGGAUUUGUUACAUUGCUGGAGGUUCAGCUGGAUCAACCCUUUCCCUCUCCUUAGUUCUUUAAAAUGUAUGUGAAAUGGAUGUGGAGUCCCUUGCUGCCUUUUUUAAUGUUGUGUUCAAGCUGAUGGACUUCUAAUGUUGGACUUCUAAUUUCCGUGUCAGAUUUUACUUUGCACAUUUCUGUGAAUAGCUGUGUACAUAUGACUCGAAGUUGAAAGACAUCCAUUUAAAGUAUUUAAUGUUUUAAGUUGUCUGAAUAAAAGCAGGAUUUUUUUUUUGUUUUCAAAUGCCUAUGGAACACACAUGGCUGGCCUGAAUUGUCUUAACAGUAUACAAGAGUUAUUUUCCUCUGAUCUGCUGUCUUUGUUGAUCUGAUUCUUGGUAUCCUGACUCCUUUUCAUGCAUGCCAUGAAAAGAAAGGCAUAUGUUUCCCAAAUCUUUCAUGUCUUGAACUUGAGCAUUGCAUUUACUCCUCAAAUAUUUAUAUUCUUUUGCUAAUACAUUUUUGGGAGGUGAAGGAGUGGAAUUGAAGGAAAAGGAAUUGUUGUGGCAACAACUGAGUAGUAAGUACUUUGAUGUUGAUGAUUGAUAUUAAAAUCAUUGAUGUAUUAACAUUUUGGGUUGGAAUCCUGCUGUAUGGAGCACAUUUAGGCCCAGGGCACUCUAGAAGAGGAUUUAACCAGGAGGAGACUUUAACCCAAACCAGGUCAUUUGUCAUUUCCAUUCCUGAAGAUCCUCCCAAAUGUUGCUAACUAGAUGAUUUGCAGCAGAGUUUAGCUACCCAAAUUAAUGUUCUGGCAUUAGUACAAAAUCUGCCCCUUCUUUAAAAUUUAUUUUUAGAAUGACUUGAGAAUCACUGGUUCUAUAAAACACUGGUUUGUAUCAAUCAUUUAGCAAUACUAAAAUCUAUGAUUAGAUUACGAUUUCCACUGGUUAAUUUUAUGAUCCUUAAGUAAUUAAUUAUAGAUAUUGUCACCUUAAUAGUUUGCAAUGCUGAUAACCCUUGUGAAGUCCAGUAUUGACUAUUUAAUUUGAGAGGUAGAGUUGUUGGUUUUCCCCCCAAAUCAGUUAUUUGGGUGAGUGUAUAAGUUAAAAAGAAAAUGAAUUUCAGAAACUAGCAUAAUCUAGUACCAAGAUAGAUAACUGCUGAGAACAGCAAAUUUAAAAUUCAAAAAGAGAUAAGAAAGCUACAGAUGUGUGUUCUUGGGGGUGGAAAUCAGUACACUGCAAAGGCACUGGGCUGUGCAGAUCUGUAAGCAAGUUUUUCUGUUAAUAUUUUUGUUAUUAGUAGAGUAUCAGGAGUGACUGUUUGCACUGAGGAGUGCUGUUACUCAAUCCACAGUAUGUGAGAAAAGCUUCCUUUGGGAGUGAAAGCUUGUCAGCAAAUCAGUCAAAGGUUGGCCUAGAAACAUUGUUCAUAGUCAUGGACUCUUCACGUGGUGGAAGUUCCCACUUUUCUUUGUUAUGGACAAAGAUAUGGAUGAAGUUGUAGUUCUAUAUUUUAAAAAUACUCACGUGGAAAUGCAAGAUUAGGGUGGUUGUGUUUUGGGAUUUUAUUCUGUGGAAAGAAGAUGUAAUGAAUGAUAAUGUUAGAAUGCAGGAGCAGCAGACUGAUGCUCACUGUUAUACUAAGAGGCAAUAAAAGGGCAUCAGAUUGUAAAGCAUAACUGAAGAAAGUUUUGGACCUCUUCUUUCCUAAGUCCCACAUGUCUACAUGUCCUUUAAAGUCAGUAGUGGGGGCUGAACAAAUUUGAAAAUCAGGAAUUCUUGUGUCUGGCACUGUCUGUGUUUAUAGCAAUAAUAUUAAUCUGGCCUCCUCCUCCAUGAAAAGCAUUGAUUUUUAUACUAGCAAUAAAUUUCUAGUCUGGGGUUGCUUUUUUUUUUUUUUGUAAGUAUAUUAUUUAAUUUAAAGACAUUGCAUAUGUGAAGAGUUUUAUACAAAUAGUCCUUUAGUUAAUAUAUUAAAAUGUGGUAAUUAUUUCCUCCUGGUAUUUAAACUGGAAGCAGAAUACCUUAAUUUCAUUCAGUAUUAAUGAAAUUUUGGAAGAUUUCAGAAUAUGUGUGUUAGGAGGAUGUCUUGAAUAUACCAGAAGUAUGUGUUUCUGAGCACCUGGUCCCUCACCACUUUGUUUUGUUCAGCAACUUAAAAAUAAUCAGUUGAUAAAUGUAAAUGCCAAUAGCUUUUUGAAGAUGCUGUAUUUACUGUCAAAAAUCACAAAUUGUGUGGAUGUAGGAUUAGAUUUCCUACCAGUUUUGUGGCUUGUGAUAAAAAAAGCCUUGUUCUCCAUGGUAGUCUGUGCAGACUUGACACUCUGUGAAAUGGCAGCAAAAAGCAAUAAACUGAUGAAACCACUUUCUAUUUAUGUA